AUGAUUGGAGGAGAAAAGCUAUAUUCAGACGGCAGUGAUCUAAUUCAGAAUCCUCAACUCUAUCGAAGUCUAGUAGGUGCCUUACAAUAUGUCACUAUCACAUGGCCUGAGCUAUCCUAUGCAGUGAACAAAGCCUACCAAUUUAUGCAAACACCCUUGGAAUCACAUUGGAAAGCUGCAAAGAGAUUGAUCAGAUAUCUCAAGGGAACCAUUGACUUUGGUUUACUUCUCAGGAAGACUAAGGACAUGGAGUUGACUAGCUACUGUGAUGCUGAUUGGACAUCAGAUCUAAAUGAUAGAAGAUCCACCUCUGAUUUAUGUAUCUAUCUUGGAUGCAAUAUUGUCUCUUGGUACUCGAAGAAGCAGCAUAUGGUUUCCAGAUCUAGUACAGAGUCUGGGUACAAGAGUCUAGCUCAUCUUACUGCAUAA